AAAGAGAAAUUCUGGAAGGAGCUAGAUGAAAUAGUUCUGACCAUCCCAGACAGAGAGAGAGAGUCGUGAUUGGUGCAGAUGUAAUGGAAAUGUUGGUGAAAGAAAUAUGGGGGAUGAAGAAAUGAUGGGUAAGUACGGCAUCCAUUAAAGGAACUUGGAGGGACAGAUGGUGGUAGACUUUGCAAAAAGAAUGCAAAUGGCUGUAGUGAACACUUUUUUUCCAGAAGAGGCAGGAACAUAGGGUGAUUUACAAGAGCGGACGUAGAAGCACGCAGGUGGAUUACAUCUUGUGCAGACGAUGUCAUCUGAAGGAGGUUAGCGACUGUAAGGUAGUGAUAGGGGGGAGUGUGGCUAGACAGCAUAGGAUGGUGGUGUUUAGGAUGACUCUGGUGGUGGGGAGAAAGAUUAGGAAGACAAAGGCAGAGCAGAGAACCAUGUGGUUGAAGCUGAGACAGGAAGAGUGUUGUCCAGCUUUUCGGGAAAAGGUGAGACAGGCUCUUGGUGGACAGGAGGAGCUUCUAAAAGACUGGACCACUGCAGCCAAGGUGAUCAGAGAGGCAGGCAGGAGAGUACUUGGUAUAUCUUCUGGCAGGAAAGGAGAGGAGGAUACUUGGUGGUGGAACCUCACAGUACAGGAAAUCAUACAAGGAAAAAGGUUAGCUAAGAAGAAGUCGGACACUGAGAGGACCGAGGAGAGGCGAAAGGAAUACAUUGAGAUGCGACAUAGGGCAAAGGUAGAGGUGGCAAAGGCCAAACAAGAGGCAUAUGAUGACAUGUAUGCCAGGUUGGACACUGAAGAAGGAGAAAAAGAUCUAUACAGGUUGGCCAGACAGAGGGAUAGAGAUGAGAAGGAUGUGCAGCAGGUUAGGGUGAUGAAGGAUAGAGAUGGAAAUAUGUUGACUGUUGCCAGUAGUGUGCUAGAUAGAUGGAAAGAAUACUUUGAGGAGUUGAUGAAUGAGGAAAAUAAGAGAGAAGGGAGAGUAGAAGAGGCAAGUGUGGUGGAUCAGGAAGUGGCAAUGAUUAGUAAGGGGAAAGUUAGAAAGGCAUUAAAGAGGAUGAAAAAUGGAAAGGCAGUUGGUCCUGAUGACAUUCCUGUCGAGGUAUGAAUGUGAGUGCGAAUGGUUGUUUGUUUGUAUGUGCCCUGCGAUUGGCUGGCGACCGGUUCAGAGUGUGCCCCGCCUUCUGCCCGAU